AAAGCUUCAAGCACUAAUCCUAUGAUUCCAACUCACACAAAAGCAUGGUUCUACUCUGAACAUGGGAGGCCAGCUGAAGUUCUGAAAUUAGAUCCUAAUUGGCCUUUACCCCAACUCAAAGAUGACCAAGUGCUCAUUAAGGUUGUUGCUGCAUCCCUUAAUCCCGUAGAUUACAAAAGGAUGCUCGCUUUGUUCAAAGACACUGACCCCCAUCUUCCUAUUGUUCCCGGUUUUGAUGUUGCUGGGGUAGUGCUCAAAGUGGGAUGUCAAGUGAAGAAAUUUAAGGUUGGGGAUGAAGUAUAUGGUGAUAUCAACGAGCAAGGCUUAUCCAACCUAAAGAUUCUUGGCACUUUGUCAGAGUAUACUAUUUCAGAAGAGAGACUAUUGUCUCAUAAGCCACCGAAUCUAAGCUUCAUUGAAGCUGCUAGCCUUCCUUUGGCAAUUGAGACUGCUUACGAAGGCCUUGAGCGAUCUGAGUUUUCUGCUGGCAAAUCUAUCCUUGUUUUGGGAGGAGCUGGUGGAGUUGGUAACUAUGUCGUUCAGCUUGCUAAGCAUGUUUUUGGCGCAUCUAAGAUAGCAGCAACUUCUAGCACUGGGAAACUUGAAUUUUUAAGGAAGUUGGGAGUUGACAUGCCUAUUGAUUAUACAAAGGAGAACUUUGAGGACCUCCCAGAAAAGUUUGAUGUAGUGUAUGAUGCAGUAGGGCAACCUGAAAGGGCGUUGAAAGCUAUCAAAGAAGGUGGCAAAGCUGUGACAAUAGUACCUCCUGGACUUCCACCAGCUAUUGUGUUUGUGCUCACUUCUAAAGGUUCUAUCUUAGAGAAGUUAAGACCUUACUUUGAGAGUGGUCAGUUGAAGCCAAUGCUUGAUCCCAAGACUCCAAUCCCAUUUUCUCAGGUUAUUGAAGCUUAUUCCUACUUGGAAACCUCGAGAGUCACAGGAAAAGUGGUCGUUUAUCCCAUCCCCUGA